CCAGUGUUGAGGAAGUGGCCCGUACUAGAAGACGUCCAGGAUGACGGGCUGCAACACAGACGGAUCCAGCUGCGAUGUCGGCGCCGCGGUGAGCUGACUGGAUCUGGAUCUAGGAGGGAAAUCUGACUGUAUUGGCUGAGGAUUUAAAGUUUUUGUUUUUGUUUGUUGUCUCUGAUCUCCGGCUGUCCUGAAAGCGGCUGUCCGUGUUUUCAGAGAGCUGCAGUACUGAAAUAUUUAUACGGAGCGAGCUGUCGGCGUUUCCAUGCUCAGUCUCUGUCCAGCUGCAUCAUUACGGGAUUACCUCUUGAUUUUGUCACUCCUGUUGUCCGCAGGAUUUCUGAACAAAGUCAUCAAAAUCCCAAUCCAAGAUGAACUGGGCUCCUGGUACUCAGUGUGUAGCCAAGUGUGACAACAGGAAGGCUAAACCUGGAGAGCUGCUCUACCACAAAGGAGACAUUCUCUCUAUAGUUGACACAAGCACGAGGAAAGGUUUUUACGCUGCCAGACACAACACCACAGAAGAGGAGGGGCUCAUAAACUCCAGCAAUGUGCGUGAGAGAGAGGCGCUGCGAGUCGACCCCGGCCUCAGCCUCAUGCCCUGGUUUCACGGGAAGAUCUCCGGACCGACUGCGGUGGGAAAGCUGCAGCCGCCUCAGGACGGCCUCUUCCUGGUGCGGGAGAGCAUACGCCACCCGGGCGACUACGUCCUGUGUGUCAGCUUCUCGAAAGAGGUCUUCCAUUACCGAGUGAUUUACCAAGACAACAAGCUGACCAUCGACAACCAGCAGUACUUCUACAACCUCAUCGAUAUGAUCGAAUUUUACUCAAAGACCAAAGGCUCCCUCGUCACGACUCUGGUGACGCCCAGGAAGAAACAAGGAGCCAAGUCAGCUGAGCAGGAGCUGUCUAAAACUGGGUGGCUGUUGGACAUUACGAAGCUCAUUCUGGGAGAAAACAUUGGAGAAGGAGAAUUUGGUGCUGUUUAUCGGGGGGAGUACAUGGGCCAGAUGGUGGCUGUGAAGACCAUAAAAUGUGACGUCACAGCUCAGGCGUUCAUGCAGGAAACGGCUGUAAUGACGAAGCUGCAGCAUAAGAACCUGGUGCGACUGCUGGGAGUCAUCCUUCACAAGGGGCUCCACAUCGUCACUGAGCUCAUGACCAAGGGAAAUCUUGUGAAUUUUCUCAGGACCAGAGGACGAUCAGUCAUCGGCCCCGCUCAGCUGCUGCGCUUUUCCCUUGAUGUGUGUGAAGGGAUGGAGUACCUGGAGUCCAAGAAACUUGUCCACAGAGAUCUGGCAGCGCGAAACGUCCUGAUCUCUGACGACAGCGUGGCGAAGGUCAGCGACUUCGGCCUGGCUAAGGUGGACUCCAAAGAGACGGACAAAGCCAAGCUGCCUGUCAAAUGGACGGCUCCUGAAGCUCUGAAGAAAGAGAAGUUCUCCACAAAAUCAGAUGUUUGGAGUUACGGCGUUCUCCUGUGGGAGAUCUUCGCUUACGGCCGCCAGCCCUACCCUAAGAUGUCUCUGAAGGAGGUGAAGGAGAAAGUGGAAGCAGGUUAUCGCAUGGAGGCCCCAGAGGACUGUCCUCCUGGCGCUUACGCCAUAAUGAAGCUCUGCUGGGAGCAGGAGCCACGAAAAAGACCUGGCUUCUCCAAACUGAGAGAAAAACUUGAACAAGAACUAAGUAAAACGAGCCCAAGCUCUGCAGCCGGGAGUCAAGAAACAGCCAAGACUGGACUGAGGAGCUGAGUUCAAGUCCGUACCCAGCAGCUGAGAAGAACCAGCUCUCAUUUGAUGAAGACACUUGGGAUAAAGACCCUAAAACUAAUUUAAUUUAUGGAUUGGUAAAACGCUGAAGUGAUGAUGAGGAGGAGCGAACCUACAUGGUUCUGAUGGAUUCAUGCUUGUUUAAGGGAAAUAUGUAUUGGUGUCACCUGUGUGUGGGAUCAACACCGUUUGGUCCAAACUGAGUUGUCUCAAAAGCUUCGAUAGAGAUUCUCACUAAAAGAAGUUAAAAAUUUCUCGCUCAGUAAAUGAAAAUAGGUUUUUCUUUAUUUAUAAAGCAGAUUAACAAAAAAGAAAGUUGUAUACUGCUUUAUAUUCUUUAUUUAUUUACACUGAUGCAAUAUAAAGUUUAUUUGAGAGAUGCAUGGGACCAGAUUAUGGCAAAAAAAGCUAAUUCCCACCUGCAGUCAAUGGAGAGCUUGAUGUAAUCAAGUAUGAUUUAACAGAUUAUGAAUUAGUGAAAAGUCAGUUUAGUAAUAACAUACAUGUCUGAUCAUUUACUAUUCAUAUCUCACUAAAACCAAACAAACCAAGCUACAAACCAAAAGACAGUUCAUAAAAUGAUUUCAUUACCUUCAUCGAUUAGCACAAAUCUUCUCAUGUAACAGCCAUAUUUUUUGCCAAAGGUGCAAAUAUUUUAUUAUAACAUUUUAUUAAAGUGCAGCAACACAAAAAUGUAACACAAAGCAAAUGGUCCAAACACCUGACAAUAAUUACUACGCCAAGCAACUUUACUCCUUAUAACUCACUAAUAAUCUCUAGUGCCUUAUUUUCAGUCGAAACUCAAUUUAUUCUUUGUUCAGUUGCUGAUUAAGACGCUGCAGGGUUUUAAUUCACAGUGAACUGGGCCACAUCUCACUCUGUCUGAGAAGAUCAGGUAAAUGACAGAGGUCCAGUAGCUGGAAUGAUGUGUAUGAAUUACUCUGUGCGUUUGUAAUUUAAAAUAAACGGAAAUCUCCAGGUCUGAAACCCGGUAUUUCCUACAGAGGUGGUCUUUCAGAGCCACAGCUACACACCGUAUCUUCUCCAAGGAGAACAGCAGUCAGUCCAAGGCUCUUCAAACCUCGUCUCGAACGUCUUUGUGCAGAUCAGAUUCCUCUUGAUAAAACAACGUAGAUCCACAUAAACUGUAACGACAAAAAUCAUCACACAAGCAUUUUGUUGUUGCUACUGUUUAGUGACCACAUGUAAAUAGUUUGUGUAUAAAAGCAACCAAAUCAUGUUGCUGUCUCGAUUUAUUUACACUGUUAUGUUUUUAUUGCCAUAAAUGAAAGAAUGUAAUAUGUUUGGUUCAAACAUUAA